UGGGAUGGAUUUAUAUUGCCUUGCAGUGAUAUUAAUUACAACGCUUUUAAGUUACUAUAAACCGUUAUCAGUAUCAUUAUUACUCUUAAUAACUGUAUUAUUUUUAAACGCUUUUGUUAUACCGGUAAUUGGGCAAGAGAAUGACUAUAAUUACCAAUUAAAAGAAGAAAAUAUAAGAUUUGCAUUUCAAAGAUGUCAAAAUGAAUCUAAUGCAGAUACACGAUUGAUUCUUUUAUGGAACGUAUGGAAAUUUCCAGACAAUAAAUUAACUCAUUGUUACAUUAAAUGCAUUUUUUACAAAUUAGGACUAAUUAAUUUAAAAGACAUGGGCUUAAAUAAGAAAAAAUUCAUGUUAAUAUUAAAAAGAUCUAAUACAGCGUUAGAUGCGUUAUCAAUGUCAGAUUUAACCAGUUAUAACAAAUUGGUAGAAGAAAUAUUUAAACCUUUAGACAGCACUUGUGAAUCGUAUUACAAAAUGUGGGUAUUUUUAAUUGACCGACUUGGAAUAAAUGAUAUUCGAAAUGGAUUUACUAAUUUAAGAAAUAGUGCCAUAAGUAAGCCAGUAGGUCAAAAAGCUUCUGAUUUCUGUUAUAAUUAUUCAAUAAAUUACUUCUAUUCUGAAACUAUUUCGGAUUUUUCAAUUUUUUCUAAUUUUAGUAAAUGCUUAGAAAAAUGUAUUUAUCAAUACUUUCAUUUCAUUGAUGCAUAUGGAAGAGUGGAUGUGAAAGAAAUUCUUCAAAGUUAUUCAGAAGUAAAUCAGAUUAGUCUAAAAUUAGGAAGUAAAAUUGAUAUGUCACCACGGUAUAGAAUUGAAAUAGAAAAAUGUGCACAUUAUGCCAAUGCACGUUAUUAUCAAGGAUUAUGUUUAGUUGCUUCAAAGUUACAUAAAUGUUUAAAAGAAAAUGUCAAAAGUUACAGUACAAUUUUUAAAUAUAGAGAUGAACUUACAAUUUAUUAUUAAAAAAACAAAAAAUUUAAUGGGUUUAAUUAUGUUUUAAUAAUUAGACUUUCAACAACAUCAUAAUGACGUGCCUUAGUAAAAUACAGAA